CGAAGAAUGUGCGCGCGCUACUUACACGGGGGCGUGUAAGCUUUCUUCCGACCGUUUCUGCUUCGCUCAACUUUAGCAUAUAAUGUAACUCGAAAAAGGCAUGUGUAAUUUCAAUUCCAAUACACGCAAACUCAAGUAUGCAGCAGCAGCAGCAGCAGCGCAACUGGAAAUAUGGAUGUGAAUUCGUUUUUUUAUGUUUGUUUGUUUGUUUGUUUGUUCUGUGCAAAACUUAAUGUAAUGAUUAAACAUAUUCUCGUUAGUGUAGUAAAAAGAAACAGCGGAGAGGAAAAGGUGGUUGAGGCCACAGAGGAACCACAACGCAAUGUAACGAGGGAUGAGAGAGUGUGUGUGUGUGUGCGUGUGAAUAAGUAUCUGAUUAAAGCGAUGGAUGCAAGGGGUCGGUGUGAAUGUGGAAUUGAAACUCACCUACACAAUCGUUACAUUGCGUUGCACACGGCCAACCACCAGCGGUGAAGGGCGAUGCAAAACGCACAGAACAGUUUGAGAGAGAUAGACAGAGAGCGAGAGAGAGUGAGAGAGAAAGAGAGAGGGAUUAUAGGGAAAUGCAGGCGGUAGAGAGGCGGAAGUAGACAACAAACCUGAUCCGGUAGACGGAAAAAAGGAAGCGGCAAUAAUAGCAGACACACAGGCUCGAAACGUACGUUUGCCUUGUUUGCUCCCCUGUUGGGCUUUCUCACCCACCCUCCAUCCCGGGCAGCAGUGGGCGAAAAGGGUGGUGGGCUGCCCAAGAGGGGGUUACUACGAUUAAGUUAAACUCAUAGCGUGUAAGUUGGGAGGUAAGAUGCGCAAAUCGCGAGCGAUCGGAGGCGGCGGGGAAGAGGAGAGGUUAGCUGUAAGGAGACCAGCCUGGGGAUGCUGAUGCGGGCGCGGAUUCAGUGAGCGGAGGUGUAGCUGUGUGGGGGGCGUCCUGCUUCAGUAAUGAAAGUAAUGAAGCGGCUGCGAAGGUGAGCGAAACAAAGAUGUAAAACCAUCUCGACCACACACACACACACACACACACCUUCGAUUACAAAGCGCAUGCAAGAAGGGGGGGGGGGGGGGGGGGUUGGUGUGCGUUGUGUGUAUACUUUUUUUUUUCGCAAAAUGGUUGAGUUUUUUUUUGGUGUACACAAACACAGAGCCACAUGCUACAGGCUCGGACUGCAGCUGUAUCGGGAUUGCAUCCCAGUUAACACCACGGUACAGAUCAGUCAAUUGAUGGCGAAAGGCUAAGAGAGAUAAAGUGGGAGAGAGAGAAGAGAGAGCGAGAGAGAGAGUAGUAGUAGUAGGAGAGAAAGAGAGGCAGGAAGUGAACAAAAAAAAAACAACAACAACCACUAGGAAAACAUGAGUAUAAUCGGGGUUUUUCGUGCAAUCAACAUUAUUUUUCGUCGGUGUUGGAUUAAUUUAGUGUAUAGUUUGACAGUAGGCAGCGGCGGCGACAGCGCAGCGACAACAGCAUAAAAAAAAGAGCAAAAAAAAAAGGCAAAAAACAGAAAACCGGAACAGCGCCGCUGUGUUAAUCAUUUACUAAUUAAGCCGAUUUAUUAAGUAAAAACGACACAUACGCACACACGCACACAUAGGGGAAGGAGUAAUGUGUGGGUGGGUGUGGGUGGUGGGAGGAGGAUUGCGCGCGGUGCAAAACCAAUGUGUUAGCAGGAGAGAGGGAGGUGCAGGUCCAAAGAGUGGGGGUGGUUGGGAGUUGGGUGGUCACCCGCCGGACCCUCCCCCCCCCCCACUAUGAUUGAGUAGCACACAUCCUUUGCAUGAACACGAGGGAGAGGAGCGAGAGAGAGAAAGAGUACCUCAAAGCGCAAUUAAACACACACACACACAUACACGCAAAUGCAUUUAUCUCUUUCUCGCUCUCUCGGUCUCUUUUGCUGUCGGAAAAAGGAUGCUGUUGCAGGAAGUGCGGGGCGCACGCACGUGUAUCCUCCCAUACACACACACACACACACACAUACUCUUAACACAUACACACAUGCACAAACGCUCAGGAACGGAGGGGGGAGAGAAACAGAGAGAGAAGCAGAGAGAGAGAGAAAAGGAGGAGGCAGCAUAAAACAUGCGUAGCUGUAUAUGGCUCUGUUUGUGUCCGUGUGUGCGUGCGUGUAUAUGUGUGUGUGUGUGUGUGUGUGCGUGUGUGUGACUGAACGACGAACACGACGAAUAUCCUAUCUUUUAAGAAGUAAACUAUAUGAUGGAGUACCUUUUUAUCUAGUUUUGUAAGACAAAGCGAACGAUACUAUUUGCUAGGAAAACACGAAUAUUAUAACUAUGGCAAGCAAAAAAAAAACAAAAUAACAAGAAACAAACACACCGACACAGAUUGAUAAAAACAAAAAAGCAAAAACAAACAAAAAACAUAAAAACAUACCACCACCAGUACCAGCCGCGAAAUGCAAAAAUAAAAACAAAAAUAAAAAAAAAACACACACACACACACUUAAACCGAAUAUUAAAAACUAAUAGCAAUGAAACAACAACUAUCAAAACAGGAGAGGGGGUGGUGGUGGGAGUAAAAGAACAGGGAAAGGCUCACACACAUAGGCGCGCCCCAUCGAAGAGAGGGAAACUGAAGAUGCAAAAUAGUGGAACGAGAUGGACACAACUCCGCUUUCCGAGAGCUUCCGAGGGCAAGAAAUUAUCCUUCGUUCGUUAAAAAAAAAAUGUUUGCAACAACUUUUUUUCUUUCUAUAAUUUAUUACAAACUUCCCAACAAUUGCACCAUGAAAUGUCUCCAUUCCUCUUCGCUGUGCAAGCAGUCUCUCUUUUUGUCGUUGUUUGUUUGUUUGUGCAGGCAUUGCCAAUUCAUGUUGCAUUUAUGUAGAAAGGUAAAAAUGUGAAGAAGAGGAAGAAGAAAAAAAACAAAGAUGAGCGAUGGAUGGAAAUUGUGCAAGAAGGCGGCGAUAGUGUAGUGUGUGUAUGUGUGUGUGUGUGUGUGUGUGUCGGGCGAACGAGAAUAAAUAGAAAUGCCUCACAAAAACAGGAAACAAAAACAAAAAGAGCGAUUCGAGAGUAUGUGUGUGAGUGGCUUCCAAACCAUGAGGUAGUACACACUACUACACCCCGACCCGACCCACUUCCCACUUCGGUUAGCAGCAAAAUAGAUAUGGAACAAUGUGGAAAUAAACAAUCAAUUAUAUGUGUUAAAAAUCUUA